AUGGCUGCAGCUGUUAGUAUCGAUGAUAAUUCUCGUUUACCAGAAAAUGUUCUGGAAUUAGAAGGAGAUGAUUUCUAUCGAUUUACAAAAAGUAUGAGUGGUGCAUUAUUGACUGAAGUACUUAAAAUACAGGAUAUUGAUUCAGUUUUUAUAUUUUUACAAACAAGUGAUAUUUUUGAAAUAUUCCAACAUGAUUCUACAAUAUUACGAGAUUUGAAGUCAAAAAUAGGUUUCGAUUCAAAUGAUGGUACAUUUCAAGUCAAACUUGGUUUAAAACUGCAAUACGAAUAUAUAUCAAAAUUAUUGAAAUCAAAAUCAGAUCAGAAAUAUACAAAAUCAUCGUCUCUUACAUCUGAAAAGAUUGAUAUACUACUUCGAAAACAUCCAAUUCUUCUUUCACUUCUCAAUUCCUAUGAGAAUGAAAGUACAACAAAUGAUCAACAUGAAUUUUUAUCCCUAUUUAUAAAUACUAUAACGAAAAAUUUAUCUUUAUCUAAUACGAGUCGAUAUAGAUAUGAUGACAAAUUGAAAAAUUUUGCUGUUUGCUUGUGCAUACUUGGAGGAAAGACAACUUAUGAGUUUGUCCGAUUAAAUUUGC